GGGUCAGGAGUGUGGUGAUGAGAGGGGCCUAGAUACUGGAGACACUGUCUGAAAACACGUACACAUCUCGACUGGCUCCACAGCACAGGGUCUCUCUGUCCGUGAAAAAAACUCCCCCAGCGCUCAGACAACGGUGCUCAGGCAACGAGAGAGGCCCGCCGAGUCUCGACUUUUAGGAGCGACCUUGGAGAGAAAAGGGAAAGUCAAAACAAAGACAACCGCCAUAACCAUCAGGAGAAACUUUGAGCGUGAAGAAGGAAUAGCUUAGCAACAGAGUCCCACUUCCUGAGGUGUAAAGGAUCGAGCUCCUAACACCAUGGAUAUGGACACACAGCCACAAGGACAGCAAGCAGCCGUGCCAGUCUUUCAACCCCAGAAACCAUUGCAACCAGACAUGGGCCACAACUCGCUUGCAAACUUCCAGAUUGAGAAGAAGAUCGGACGUGGCCAGUUCAGUGAGGUUUACCGGGCGAGGUACCUCUUAGACAACACGUCAGUGGCCCUGAAGAAAGUCCAGAUAUUCGACUUGAUGGAUGCCAAAGCUCGGCAAGAUUGCAUCAAAGAGAUAGAUCUCCUUAAGCAAUUGAACCACCCCAACGUGAUAAAGUACCAUGCAUCUUUUAUUGAGGACAAUGAGCUGAACAUAGUCCUGGAGCUAGCGGAUGCAGGGGACCUCUCACGUAUGAUCAAGCACUUUAAGAAGCAGAGGAGGCUUAUCCCAGAGAGAACGGUGUGGAAGUACUUCGUCCAGCUCUGCAGUGCGCUCGAACACAUGCACUCCCGGAGAGUCAUGCACAGAGAUAUCAAACCAGCCAAUGUUUUCAUCACAGCUACAGGAGUAGUGAAACUAGGAGACUUGGGACUGGGACGAUUCUUCAGCUCCAAAACAACCGCCGCUCACUCACUAGUGGGUACUCCUUACUACAUGUCACCAGAGAGGAUACAUGAAAACGGAUACAACUUCAAAUCUGACAUCUGGUCGCUAGGAUGCCUGCUCUACGAGAUGGCAGCCCUGCAGAGUCCGUUCUAUGGGGAUAAGAUGAACCUUUACUCCCUUUGUAAGAAGAUAGAACAGUGUGACUACCCCCCUCUUCCCUCAGAUCACUACUCAGAGGAGCUGAGGAACUUGGUAGAUAUGUGCAUCAACCCCGACCCGGAGAAGAGGCCGGACAUCACCUACGUGUACGACAUUGCCAAACACAUGCAGAGCCUGACACAGGGCAGCUAAGCCCAAACAUACACACAUAUUGCUUGCAGAACUCCUCCCCACUUCCCUCCUUGCUUUACAUGCUGGACUCGUACACAUCUAUCAGCUUUUAUACAAUAACUAACUCCAGAGUUUAGCUUCUUGUGAUAAGUAGUACGUGUAAAAGAUUUAUUUUCAAGGUAAUGGUACGGUCUAUAACAUGACUGACACCCAAACCUUUUCUGCCCUAGGAAAAAGAUUAUAAAGAUUAUACUUUUUGUCAGACAGACCUCCCAUUCCGUUAACUUCAAUAAUGUUACAGCACUGAAUGUCAGUGUAUUGUAACUCACUGAUGUGUUAUUUGCUAUGGCUUUGUAAGGCACGUCUGCUGUGUUUUUAUGUAGUGAAGUAAAGCCGUUCUUCAGCAGCUGCUGUGCGCAGAUGCUAUUUAAAGCAGAUAUACUAGAAAAUUGGAAAAUUAGCAGAAAAAAAGAAAAAGGCAAAGUUAGGUGUUACUUGUUACCUAUCCUCAAGACAGUUAUUCAAAGCAAAUAUCACAAAUAUAUGCAGAAAAAAUUACCUUCAUGAUUGAUCUCAUGAGACCUGUGGUCAGCAAAUGAAAACUCUGAGAACAAUAGAAAAUUUGAAGUGAAGAGAUAUUCACUCAAUGGCAGCAAAACUGAGAGAUGUUAAAAAAAAAAAAAAAAAAAGUGUUAUUGAUGGUUGAAGCGUUGUUUUGUUGCACUUUUUACCCUGGUACUGGAAGGCUGGCAGGGUGAUCAUCAUGUCUAAUGAAUGUAUAAGGAAGGGAAGGAUCAUUUAGAGGGUAGACUAGAGACAUGCUGGGGGGAGAACAUGGGCAAAUGUCUCCACAACACUUUGAAUGUAAGUCAUUUUGACACCUAUGUAUUGUCUUUGAAAAAUUCAGAAUGUCUCUGUUUUGACAGCCUAGAAAGAGCGGUAGAGGCUGUAAGAAAGCAGUUCUACAUCUGCUGUUUACCUUUGUCACCGACACCAAAAGAUUUCCUCCUCGGCUCAACUUAAGCAAGUUUUUUUUUUUUUUUCUUAAAUCACAAUGGAGACAUGAAAAAAAAAUUCAAAGUCAAAACACAUAGUUCUCCAUCAUGUUCCAGUGGCUGCAUUUGACCCACUAGAAAUGUAGUGGAAAAAAUGUUGUGAUUGUUAAUGUUGCUGUGUGAGUUUGCAGUGUAGUUGUCUUGUUAAGUAACACACAUGUUGAAGCGAUAGCAGAUCCUUGCCUUGUGUAACCGUCCAUGUCAUGAGUAAAUCACAGCGUGCCUACCUACCUUAUGUCCUCAGUGGAGAUACCAAAGAGAAACGUCACACAUAGAGAGAGCAGUUUAUAUAUAUGUUAAGGUGUCUUUUAUGGAAAGUAUAUCAAAGAGUUGUACUGAGAAAAAAAAAAAAAAAGAAAGAAACAAGCACCGAUGGGACUCAUUUUGUUUUACUGUACAUAGUGAAGAAGUUCCUAUAGAUUUGAUACUGUAGGGUUUUAGUGACCCUUUAUUCAUUUGGAGGAAGGAAACAGUGGUAUAUAUGGUUUUUUUUUUUGGUUUUUUUUUGUUUUUUUUAAACAGUGAAUAGGUUUACACCAGUGGGUCACAAAUGACCAGCACUGACUACCACUGGUUUACAUAAUGGCAAUAAUACCAGAUGAAAGGUAUAGUAAGUAAACAAUGAUCGAUAACACUUUAUUUCAGUGUCCUAUGAGUUCUCUUUGACCAUUAUCAAAUAGCCUGUUAACCGCUCAUCGAAAUUAUUGCACAUGUAUGCCCAUGCUUCUCAUGUUUUUUUUUUUUGGUUUUUUUUUUAAAUUAACAUUUAAUACUAAAAACAUGUGUUAUAUACAAAAUCAAAGCUUGUAGGUGCAAGAAAAUGUAAGUUAUUUUGUUUUGGUCAACAGAAUAUUUUGAUAGUGUGUUGAUAGUGGUUAUUUGUUUGAUGCCUUGCAAAUACAGUGUUUGCAAUUUUUGUUUGCAAUUGUACACCUUUGUUUUCUCCCCGCUGCAGUAAAACUUUUUUGUUUUUCAUUUCAGUUAACCUAAUUUAUCAUCAUCUUCACCCACAGUGCUGGUUUCCCCCUCUGUUUCUAUGAUCACACAACAAGAGCAUAAGUAUAGCACCAAAACAUUUUAGUAUUUAAAGCACAUGUUAGAUAUUUGGUUUUAUGCUCUACAGAAUUCCUGAAAAAAAUUUGUAGUGUUGAUGCUUUUUUUUUAUUGACUUGACAAAAACAUUUACACUGAUGCAUCUGGUCAGUUACAACUGUUAAUGUAAAAGAUAAUGAACCAAAUGCUUGUGUCAUGGUUUUAUCUGUCACCUUAGUUAAAAACAUGCAGUAUGUGGUGCAAAGUCCAGUUGUGUUGCCUUAAUAUAUUUCUGUGCAGUAAUGGUUAUAUUUUCUGUUUAUGCACAGAAACAGAGAUCAUGAUUUUCCUCUUUGUUCAACUUUUUGGUUGUUUAGUGAAGUCACUUUAAGGAUUGUGUCCAUUUCUUGAAAGGGAGCUUUUGUCUUUAUGUAACACAUGACAGCGCUCUCCUUUUUACCCAUGGCUCAGUUUACUUUUCCACGGGCCCUCUGAAGUUGGUAUCGAAGAGUCCAGGGGUUUUCCAAAAAGUCAGCUAUUGCAAUUAAUAUUUAUUGUUUUGGUAGUUUGGCUGUUUUCUGAACAUUUCAUUUCAAAUUAAAGACCCUCAUCACAAA